CUCCGGCGGGCGGCCAGCGGCGUCUACCAGGGCGCCAGCGGCCUCCUGGGCGAGGAGAACGUGCGCGCCCUGCAGAAGUUUUUCUCCAGACUGACAGAGCGAUUCGUGUACGGCGUGGACGUUCUAGUAGAUACCUUGUGGAGAAUAUGGACAGAUCUUCUAGAUGUCCUUGGAAUUGAUGGUUCCAAUCUGACCCAUUAUUUCAGCCACACUGCUCUAGCCAGCAAUCCCGCCCGGGCCCUUUUGCUGAUCGGGGCCAUCUUAUUGGCUUAUUGGUUCGUUUCUCUUCUCCUCGGAUUUUUCUUUUACCUCUUGCACAUUCUGUGCGGGCGAUUCUUCUGGAUCGUCCGGAUCGUCCUGUUCGCUCUGUCCUGCGUGUACAUCCUCCAGAAAUACGAAAGCGAGCCCGAACACGCGGUCCUUCCCCUCUGCUUCGUCGUGGCCGUCUACUUCAUGACCGGGCCCGUCAGCUUCUACUGGAGGCGGAACAGUCACAACACCUUGGAGGAGAAGAUUGACCAUCUGGACAGCCAGAUCAGACUCCUGAACAUCCGUCUGUCUCGCGUGAUCGAAAAUCUGGACAGAGGGGGCGACUAAGGCAAGGCCACGCUUCGCUUGGGACCCCCACGCUCUGGGAGAUCACUGCGUAUCGUCCAACGAGGCGGACUUUGGGGUAAACCAAGCGUGCGCCCUUAAGCAGUUGCGUAUCGCGAGUAGUUUCUCAGUCAACACACUGAAAGAAAAUUAAUUCCCUUGUAAGAUAGAUGAGCUGUUCGCCCAUGAGUAGAAUUUUAUCUGCUUUUUUCCAAGCACUUGAAACAUCUUUUAUAAAAAAUAAAAAAAGGGGGGGGAGAAGCUUUUAUAGAGGCCGAUCGAGUCGUUAAUUUCAGACGAGAAGAAAAGAUUCUCUAUCAACGUGAUGCAGAUUUCACCUUGGAACAGGGGGAAGGAAGCGUCAAGAAUUCUACCCGACGCUUCUGCUGAGAAACGGGAGGGAGGAUCAGCUUUUCUUUCCUCUUUUCCGUCUUGGCCUCAGCGGUAACUUCAUUUGGUGCCUCCUGUUGUCUUUCUCCUAUGAUCGCAAAAGGAAAAAAAUUAUUGGAGUCAGAUCGAAACGUUGUCCGUUCUGAAUUUAAGAGCAGGAAGUCACAUCCUUCGGAUAUCCCCCGCCGUUGAACGUCAAAAGCGUUUCUGUAUUUUUUUGUCCUCCUAUCAAUUUUAUUAGAAAUAAGCCCUUUCUUUAGUCUACACUCAACCUUGGCGACUUUUAGCUGU